UAGACUAAUAUUUACUCACCAGUUUUGUAAUCAACGUUGAUUGGAGUUUGUCCGUAUUGAUUAGCUCGCUAGUUACUUCGCUGUUGUGAAGAUUUGCUGACAAUUUUAUUAGCUAACGUUAGCUGGCAAGGUGCCUAGAACUUGGAAAAACAAAUUUGAAAAGGUGUUGGUUCGCUUGUUGACUUAACUUCUACAGGGACUAAUUUGCCUCAAACAACAGUUUAUUUGUAAUCAGCGCUCAGUAAAUACUAUAAAGGCGUAUAUUCCUGCCACCUUGCGUGUUUUCCGCUGAAGCUAAUCUUGAGUUGUGUCGCUUAUUAGCUAGAAGCGAAGCUUGACAUUAAAACAUAGCCUACUUACUAGCUAGACUGCCUGAUUUUGCAGUAGUUUCCGAUAUGGACGACUUUUAAUAGUUGGCUAGUGGGGUACAGCUUGUGAGUUUGAUUACAGUGAUUCUAGCAGGUAGUCUUCAUUUAAUUGACGUAUUUUGCGUGCUACCUUAACCAAGUUGGAAUGCUUGCUUAAAGUUGUCAAACUGUUUAUAGAAGUCAUCUGUGCCAAUACGGUUCUAUAGAUGUGAGCAGCCUUUUAAAUGAAGAGUCAACGGUCUUAAUUUAAAACGUUAUUCUGGUUUAUUCCAGUAUAUUCCGUGGGUAACCGCGCAUUGAGUAUUACUACGUUGGUUUAUGUGCAGCAGUUCUCACGUUCUGUGCGUGCAAUGGAACAAUGGAAUUUCAGUCCCGUGCCAAUAAGUUGCACUUUUAACCAAACUUUAAAGUUCUGCCAAAUUUAUUUGGUAGCAUACUUUGCUGUUCUAAAACGUUUUAAUGAUAGAACUACCUCUAACUGUUGUUGAAACUAACCACAAGUCUCAUGUAGUCGUAAGUGUUGGCUCGUUUGUGGGAGCAUUAAUUGGUAAAUGAAUAUUGGAAUGACGUGAAUUUUGUGGUUUGACACAGACACCAUCGUUGGCAGAGUAUGCUGCUAAUUGUAGAAGCCAGUUUCGUUCAAAAUGCAGAGCGGGAAGUCUUCCCUGUCACGGAAAAAGUGUUUCUCCGGAGCCGUCAGGUUCUGAGUGCAUAACGCCGCAGAGAGGCGGAUGUGAAAGCUCCGGCAUUUUGACAGCCUUCCAGGAUUUGAUGACUACAUGCCAGAAACUGAAAACUAUCUUCGGAAAGCAAACCGAUCUGGUGUAUACUUGUCAACGUUUCGGGCAUGAGGAAUUGUUUUCUAAAAACACGCCGCCAGAAGCAAUGUCUAAUUAAGACAGCAGUAUCACCCCCGGGCCAGCAGAGGGCGCUCUGCGGGAACAGAUGCAGACCCCUCCCCAUCUCCUCACUGUCAGUGCCUGCGCCUGGGUCAGCUGUUUCUGUCGGCUUAGAGAACUGGGCACGAGCGAGCCGCCGGAGGCCGUCUCCGAGACGAUGUCGGUGAGCGUGCACGAGAACCGCAAGUCGCGCGCCAGCACGGGCCCCAUGAACAUCUCGCUCUUCCACAAGCCCUCGCACCCGGACAGCGUGCUGACGCACCUCAACGCGCUGCGCAAGCAGCGCAUGUUCACCGACGUGACGCUGUGGGCGGGCGCCCGGCCCUUCCCGUGCCACCGCGCCGUGCUGGCCGCCUGCAGCCGCUACUUCGAGGCCAUGUUCAGCGGCGGCCUGCGCGAGAGCGUGGACGACGAGGUCAACUUCCGCGACUCGGUGCACCCCGAGGUGCUGGAGCUGCUGCUGGACUUCGCCUACUCCUCCCGCCUGGUCAUCAACGAGGAGAACGCCGAGUCGCUGCUGGAGGCCGCCGACAUGCUCCAGUUCCACGACGUCCGCGACGCCGCCGCCGAGUUCCUGGAGAGGAACCUGCACCCCUGCAACUGCCUGGGCAUGAUGCUGCUGUCGGACGCGCACCAGUGCAAGCGGCUCUACGAGCUCUCCUGGAGGAUGUGCCUGCUGCACUUCGAGGCGGUCCGGGACACCGAGGACUUCCACGGCCUCUCCAAGGACAAGCUCCUGGACCUGAUCCUGAGCGACGAGCUGGAGAUCGAGGACGAGCGGGUGGUGUUCGACGCCGUGGUGCGCUGGGUGCGCCACGACCUGGACGGGCGGCGGGCCCACCUGGCCGAGCUCCUGCGGGGGGUGCGGCUGGCCCUGCUGCCCUCGGCCUGCCUGGUGGAGGCGGUGGCCUGCGAGGAGCUGGUGGCGGCCGACGAGCGGAGCGCGCGCGUGGUGGAGGAGGCCAUGCAGUGCAAGAAGAGGAUCCUGCAGAACGACGGCGUGGUCACCGCCCCCUGCGCCCGGCCCCGCAAGGCCGGCCACGCCCUCCUCAUCCUGGGUGGCCAGACCUUCAUGUGCGACAAGAUCUACCAGGUGGACCACAAGGCCAAGGAGAUCAUCCCCAAGUCGGACCUGCCCAGCCCCAGGAAGGAGUUCAGCGCCUGCGCCAUCGGCUGCAAGGUCUACGUGACGGGCGGGCGGGGCUCGGAGAACGGCGUGUCCAAGGACGUGUGGGUGUACGACACGGUGCACGAGGAGUGGGCCAAGGGCGCGCCCAUGCUGAUCGCCCGCUUCGGGCACGGCUCGGCCGAGCUGGAGAACGCGCUGUACGUGGUGGGCGGGCACACGGCCGUGGCGGGCGUCUUCCCGGCCUCGCCGUCCGUCUCGCUCAAGCAGGUGGAGCGCUACGACCCGCUGACCAACAAGUGGGCCAUGACGGCGCCGCUGCGCGACGGCGUGAGCAACGCCGCCGUGGUCAGCGCGCGGCUCAAGCUCUUCGUCUUCGGCGGCUCCACCGUCCGCCGGGAGAAGGCGUCCAAGGUGCAGCGCUACGACCCCGGCGAGGACCGCUGGGCCGUGGCGGCCGAGUGCCCGCAGCCCUGGCGCUACACGGCCGCCGCCGUCCUGGGCAGCCAGAUCUUCAUCAUGGGCGGCGACACGGAGUUCACGGCCGCCUCGGCCUACCGCUUCGACUGCGAGAGCAACCAGUGGACGCGCGUGGGCGACAUGACGUCCAAGCGCAUGAGCUGCCACGCCGUGGCCUCGGGCAACAGGCUCUACGUGGUGGGCGGCUACUUCGGCGCGCAGCGCUGCAAGACGCUCGACUGCUACGACCCGGCCUCCGACAGCUGGAGCAGCAUCACCACCGUGCCUUACUCGCUCAUCCCCACCGCCUUCGUCAGCACCUGGAAGCACCUGCCCGCCUGACGGCCCGCCCGCCUCCUCUGGAAUAACGCUGUCCCUCCCGGAGGUAGUUUGUGGGAUGAACCGCCUGCCCCCCCCCCCCCUCCCCACCCCGCCACCCACCCACAGCGGGGUCGCUUCACCUGGGACGGUCCCGAGCCAGGGGGAGGACGAUGGGCAUUUCGCUAGGACACGGACUUCCUGUUCUCGAGCUCGGUCGAGCUACAGAAUGCAGGGACUUCAGGAAGAGCGCCACCUGCUGCACAGAACCAAACCCACACUCUGGCCUACUGUCGGAUGUUGCCAUGGAGACUGAACCCACCACUGCAUUCUCUCUGCCUCUUAAAUUUUUAACAAUUUAAUUUAAUAUAAAUUUAAGGGGGGGAGGGGGGUGGGUUUAUAUUGCAGUAUAUGUUUCAGUGACAGUGGAAAGGCAGUGAAAGCAUGAAUGCCUGAAAUCUUCCAGGGCUCAGAGUCUUAACUGGACCCCUGUGUUUUGCAGUGAACUCUUCCACGACUUGGACUUUGUAUGGCUUUUUAAUGCCAGGGACGCGCCACUCUGCGUCGCAGCGGGGUCCGUGUCCAAAUCGACUCCGAUCGCUGAACCUUGUAUUAAAAAUAAACCAACGUGAAGCUACUCGUGCAGGAAAAGCGGGGCGGGGGGCUGGAACGGGACUACGAGUGGACUUUGAAGCCACAGAAAGGAGCACAGAUCGCUCUGCUAAAAUGUACUCGGUCUCUACUCGCACUGGAGUCAAAUGCAGGACUGAAACAGGUGCGCUGGACCAAUGAGCAGACAGCUCACGGCAGCCUGUAUCCAAUCGGAUUCUGUGGAGGAGGAAAAAAAAGAAAAGUAUUCUGCAACAUAGUUGCGGUGGUCGUCAGCACAAUUCUACUGUACCUUCCCAGUUUGAGGAUUCUCUUGCAUUUUAAUGUAUGCAUUUAAUGAUGUGAGAUUUGCACUCAGCACUAUGUAUCAUUUGAAAUGGUUGAAUGAGGAAACUCUUGAAGCUUUGUUACUGGCUACUGAUGAAACUGUUUGCAUUUUUUGUUUUUAUUGACUGAAGGAAGAACAUUGAUAUGAAUCCAAGAUCCAAGGUCCCAUAUUUCCCACAUACUGUUCUAAGCUGUUUUUAGGGGGCUGGGUUAAGCAGGGGGGAGCGGGUUGGGUUCAUUAAAAUGACUCAUUUUGAAGCUGUUGUUUUACAUUUUCUUUUUCACUCGGGCCGGAGAGGCAAAUAUAGAGAGAUUUUGUUAGCGUCUCUGCUCACAGAGUUCCUGGUGCCUAAUACCUAAUGCCAGGGGACUGUCACCAGUUCACUCUGUUCAGCGGUGAAAAUAAAUGACUUUGAGCGAAGGAG